GAGCAGAGCAGCCGAGGAGAGCCGGGCGCUGCCGGCCCCUGCUCCGGCCGGGACCCUGCUCCAGGCACGGCGGGGCAGCCGGGACGUGACCUCCUCCGGGCUCAGCCAGAGCACAUGGACGGCAGCCAGCUUUACUUCUCCAGGGGAGAAAAGGGGAAGCGAAAGAGGUCUUUGGAUGCUGGUCCUCUGCCUGGAGAAGAGAAAUUCCUGCAAAAUCCUCCUUGCUGGGGUCUGCCUCCCCUGGACACAUCCCUCCAUCCAAGUCUCCAAAACCUGCCUGCUCCAGUGGCAUCGUGCCUGAUCUUCCUGCAGGAAUAGUAAAGCUGAGCUUCUGCCUGGCAUGUGGCUGCCCUCCCUCAUGCUGCCCAUGCUCUGAGGGAGGAUCCAUCCACCCCCCUGGCCAUGCAGAGCUGUUUGGCAAGGCUGUGGAGUGCCAGUGAAGGAAAUAAGUGAAGAAAGAUGCUGAGGACAAGGCUCCAGCAGUUCUGCCUCCACCCCCAGCCCAGCUGCCCCAUGCCUGGCGAGGCUGAGCUGCCCCCCUGUGUCGGUGGGACAGCCAAGGGGGACACUGAGGGGUACAGUGGCUGUUGGCAGGAGAGGGGCAGCAGAGGGGAGCAGAGCUGCCAUCAGCUCUGGGAUGCUCCAGCCUCCCAGCCAGGCGAGCAGGAGGCACGGGUGGGACUGCUGGGAGGGAAAUCAAGUGGCAGCUGCCAGAGGGACCUCAGGGGGCUCAAUGGGGAUGCACCACAACCCCCAUUGAAUGGCAGCAGCCUGGCCUUGGCAGAGGAGCCUGCAGCCCCCUCCAAGUGCCCUGGCUCUGCCCCAGAGCUGCCCCCCACAGCAGACAAUCCCAGCCAGGAGUGGAAAGUGGUGAAGAUCCAACGGGUCCUCAUCAACCCCGACUUUGAGCCAAGGAAAACAGGUCUCUCCCGAAGCGCCAGCCUCUCGGAGAAGGAGCUGAAGGAGGCGAAGGCGCGGAGCCAGAGGAUCGCGGCUCAGCUCACCACGGCGCCCGGCCCCAGCUCCAAGGGCGUCCUGCUGUUCCACCGGCGCAGGCAGCGCGUUGACGGGCUCACGGGGGCCGGGCAUGGCGGGGGGCUGCCGCUAAGCCCCGCGCAGCCCCAGCCUCGCCAAGGCGCCAUGGAGCACACCCAGGGGCAGGGGAUGAAGCCGGAGCCUGGCCAGCCUGGCAACCCAGGAGAAGGGAUGCUGGCAAACGCCUCCCCGUGCCAGGAGCUUCCUGCUGAAGCCCAGCAGGUCCCACUCAGCGUUUACCUGAAGGAGAACAUGGCAUCGGCCGCCACCAACGUCGUGCAGGAGCAGGCGGCCAGCGGGACGGAAAGAGGGGUGGAGGGGCUCGGAAAUGCAGCAGCCCCUGCGAGGCCCAACACAGCGGCUUUUGUCCUGCCACAGAGCUCCGAGGAGGAGAAGAACGUCAAAGUGCCCGGUGAGGUGCCCGGUGAGGUGCCUAGCGAGGUGCCCAGCGCGCCAGCGGGGACAGCCACAGGGAUGGCACCCCCAGGCGGGCAGCAGCAGAACGGGACACAUGGCCGGCAGUACUAUGAGGUCCAUCUCACCCUAGCCAAGCCCAAGCCUGUGAAGAACCGGACGGCCAGACCCUUCGGCACCCAGGCAUCCCCUGCCAGUGCCCAGCCGGCCGAGGAACCCCCUGCCCCUGAGCUGCCCCCACCACCAACCUAUGCAGAGACCCUCAGCAGCCCUCCACCCCUAACCCGUGUCCGCUCCCCUCCUGCCUACUCGGCCCUGUAUCCCAGCCAGGAGCAGAAGGUGCUGCCAGAUCCCCUCCUGGGCUGCGGGGUGAGUGGACCAAACCCCUUGCCCAAAACAGGGAUCCUGGAGGAGUCGGCUGCACGCAGAGCCAGCAGAAAGUCCAUGUUCACCUUCUUGGAGAAGCCGAAGCUGAGCCCCAACCCCGACCUGCUGGACCUGGUUCAGAGUGCAGACAGCAGGAAGAAGCAGAAGGAGCAGGGGGAGCACAGCACCGAGGAUGAGCCCUUUGCCCUCGGGGCUGAAGCUGCGAACUUUGUCCCCAACAGCACAGCCAGGGGUGUGCAGCACCUCCCACCAGCUGAGGAUGCUCCAGCGUGGUCCUCCUGCCUCAAGUCUCCCACCAUCCAGCCCAAGAAGAAGCCACAGCCCAGCCACAUCCUCACUGAAGCGAGAGGGAAGGGGGCUGAGCUCUUUGCCCGCCGACAAUCCAGGAUGGAGAAGUUCAUCAUUGAGGCUCCCUCCCAGCCUGAGCUGCUGCGGUCGCCAUCACCCACCAUGUCCCUGCCUCCCUCCUGGAAGUAUGACAACAAUGCUUACCUGUCACCCAUGGUCUCCAGACGCCCCUCCAAGAGUCCCUGCAGGCCCUCCAAAACCCCUCCUGCAUCGCUGUAUGGCAGCAACCUCAUGGAGAACGAGGUGUCCCAGAAGGAGCUGGAGAUCUCCAGGCACCAGCCUUACCAGCUCCAGUCUUCUCUCUUCAUCCUCUCCCCAUCCAAGGGGCCAGCAAGGUCCAUGCCCCAGGAGGUGCCUCCACCCAGACCCUCUCUUCCCGACUCCUACCCCUAUCCCCAACAAGCUUCCUGCCCGACCUCUCCGUUGCCUCCUUCCCCGGUUUGGCAUCCCCCCGUGGUGCCCAGCGCCGGCCAGACCAGUGCCAGCCCUUUCCCCAGUGCUGCCGGGGCUCUGCCCCUGACUCACGAGAGCCGAGCCAGCCCUGCAGCCCCGGCCGAGGUACUGCUGGCCUCGCCCUGCCGCCUGCUGCCGCCCCGGGCAAAGGCAGGAUUCCAGGCACCCCGGCCCUCCUACUCCACCAGGAAUGCCGGCAUCGAGCCGCAGGACAGGCGCUCGUCCCUCCCUGCAUCGCCCACCUGGACGCCCCGGCUGGCGCGGCGCCCGGGCAGCCUGGACGGCUGGGCCAGCCCGGCCUCGGUGCCCGAGCUGGAUGAGGGACCCCCCACGUCCCCUCCGUGGAGCGAGAGGUCCCUGUCCCCGCUGCGGCAGGACGCGGACCCCCGCGCCAGCCGGCAGAUGCAAGCGCGGCUCGCCAGGAACAUCAUCAACGCUGCCCGCAGGAAGAGCUCCUCUCCCAAAGCCGUGGGGCUGGAGAGCUCCCGGCCCUUCACCCCCAUCUCCGCCGGCACCCCCAGCCUGCCCCAGUCUCCCCGGCUGGGGCCAAGAGCGCCGGCACUGCAGGCUGCCGGCAGCGCGCUGGGGAGCCUGGGCAGCCCCUCGCCCACCCACAAAAGCCCCCUGCGAUCGCCCCGGGCGGGCAGCCCUCAGUCUUGUGCCUCCCCCGGGAUGCCCCGAGCUUCCUGGGCAGAGGGUCGCCGGCUCCUGCUGCCGUCCAGCGCGUCUCCCUGCCCCGUGCCCAGGCUGUCCCCCGUCCCCAAGAGCCCCCUGCCAUCCCCAGUGGUGGGUGGGCGGUCCCCAGCCAAGCGCUGCACUUCCCGGUCCCCGACGGACUCGGACGUCUCCCUCGACUCCGAAGACUCGGGGACCAAGAGCCCGGGAAUCCACAGCUUCAACCUCUGUCCCAGGGGCUGGACCAGCAGCCUGCGGCUGAAGACGGGGGCUUUGCCCUCAGGCGCUCCCUGCACCUCCUAGACAAGCCAGCCCCCGCCAAAAACCCUCUCCCUGCACCCGUCAGCCCGGGUGAUGCCACCGGGAACACACCAACCCCCAGGGCUGAGGUCCCCAAAAACCAGUAUCCCUUCGGAGCUGCCACGACCCCUCUGUGUGCCAGAGGGGUCAGGUGCCUCCCGCCCGCCCGCCGUCCCAUGGCCCCGCUCUAUUUUUACCACGCUAACCUUUCGGGGCAGGACUGCGUGGUCAGCAGGGAGAGUGGAGCAGCCGCCCCCCCGGCCCGUCCCUCGGCAGUCCCUGCCUGCCAGCCGGCCCCAUCCUGCACAGCCAGCAUGGGAUGGGCUUGGCGGUGCCCCGUGAGCCCUUGUCCCCAGCUCCCAGGUGUUAUCCCGGGGCGUCACUGCCGCUCUGCUUCCCUGGGGGGACGCAUCAGCUGCGGGUGGGCUGCAUCGAUUGGAUGCCAUGACCAGGCUCUCCCAGCCUCUAGAUUUGGGUGGUGUCAAUUAAAACCAGAUUUUGGAGAAGAAAAUUUAAUUUUUAGUUCCAGCCCCCCCAGUUCUUCACUGCCCUUUUUUCCCCUUUUUUUUUAACUUUUGACCCUUUCUCAAAGAAAUUCUCCUGAAUUCUUCCUUCCCUAGAGACCAAAAAGAGCCAAAGUUAUUUAUUGCCAUGUUAAGGUGGCUGUUUACAGGUGACCUCCUGCCCUGCCCAGACCAAGAGGGACAGCCCCACCUUGUACUUGUCACUGUCCCCAUAUCAAGUUCACCACAUCCCCAUUCCCACUCUGGUGGAUGGAGGCACACACAGGAACCAACACGUGCUGUGACAGCCAGGGCAGGCGGGGAACUGUAGGAGCUGAAGGAAAUGGUAGAAGUUUCAGAGGGUUUGAAGGAGGUGUUGGCACAGAAGGUGAUUCUGAGAAUGGGUCCCCACACCUUGGGGCUAGCCCUGGAGAGGAGGUUGUGUUUGAGCUGCCAGGGCUCUAGCAUAUUCCUGUUCACAGAGACCAUCACCCUGCCCUUUCCCCAGGACUCACUGCUGAAGCCAGCCCAUCCCCGAUCCCUGGAGCACCUCCACACUGCAGCUGUCCCUCCUGGAGCACAGCCCCCCAUUCCCAGGACACAUCUCCCACCCUGGCUCCAGCAGCCACCACAGCCUGCCUUCACCACACCGCUGUAUACCCAGUUCUGAAAUAAACCACCGUUAUUCCAUC